GAUCAGCUUUGCAAUGUUUCGCAAACAUUACUGCGAAUUAUCUGUCAUGGCGGAUACAAGCACGUUCUGGGAUUGGAGACAUCUAAAGCAGGACUGGCGACGGAAACAACAUUUUGGGGUAAUGUGAUUGUUUCACCUCUGGAAGGGGCAUACGUUGACAGAGCGAUGGAGCCACUUUAUGAAAAUGACAGUGGAAAAUCUGGUGAGGCAAGAUCGGAUGGAUUGAACUAA